UCCUCCUCGCCCUCCGUGUGUGCACCCCCUCCUCUCCGGGCGCCGCCAGACAGGGGACACGAGCACACCCGCCUCCACUCGCAAGCUUGUGUCCCUACGCCGUCCUCCCGCCUCCAUCUCCGAUCUCGCGCACGACUGCGGCCGCCCUGCCGUGCACCUCCCCUGGCCGUGCACCUCCCCUCGCUAGUGCCCCGCUCCGUCCUCGUCCCCACCUCGCUUGUCCGCGAUGGACCUGGAAGCACUGCCCCCGGCGUCAGCAUCGGCGGCGGCGGCCAAGGAGAUCAAGUCGCCGGAGGUGCUGCCGGAGCCAAGCUCGCUGUCGGCGCUGCAGCGGAAGAAGCUGGGCGCGCACUUCCUAGAGAGCGACGAGCGCCGCUUCUCCCGCGGCUGCAGGACGCCCCUGGGCGGCGGCUACGACGAGCCACCCUCCUCCGUUGGCGCCGCCGCCGGCGGCGGCACCACGCCAGUGAACAUCCGUGGCGAGCCGAUCCGGGACCUAUCGAGGAUCGGUGGGUGGGUGGCGUCCUUCUUCAUCUUCGGCAACGAGAUGGCGGAGCGGAUGGCCUACUUCGGCCUCUCCGUCGACAUGGUCAUCUUCAUGUUCAAGGUCAUGCACCGCCCCUUCACCAGCUCCGCCAACGCCGUCAACAACUUCCUCGGCAUCUCCCAGGCGUCCUCCGUGCUGGGCGGGUUCCUCGCCGACGCCUACCUGGGGCGGUACUGGACCGUCGCCAUCUUCACCACCAUGUACCUGGUGGGCCUCAUCGCGCUCACCGUCAGCGCCAGCGUGCCGGCGCUCGUGCCCACGCAGGAGGGAUGCGACAAGCUCGCCAUGCUGCUGGGCGCCUGCGCGCCCGCCGCACUUUGGCAGAUGGCGUACCUCCAGACGGCGCUCUACGUCACGGCGUUCGGCACCGCCGGGAUCCGGCCCUGCGUCUCCUCCUUCGGCGCCGACCAGUUCGACGGCGCGGCUCCCUAGAGGCGCGUGUCCGGCGGAGGGGUGGCUCCCCAGCGGCGCGCGGCCUGCGGGUGUGAGGCGCAGCCGGUGCCGGAGGCCGGCCGUCGGCGUCGCUAGCAUCGCUUGCGGCCGUCGGUGUCCGGCCACCUCCCAAAUAGAAAUGUAGGGGCCUGAUUUAAGGCCCGUGGCUGGAGAUGCUCUUUAGGGCCCGUGGCUGGAGAUGCUAACGGCUAGAGGGAAUGGAAAACUAGAGGUGCUAAAGGCUCCGUUGGCUGGUGGAGGAACUGAUUCCUCGCACUCUCCACUCUCUCACACACUCUUAACACAUUCACGGAGACGUACCGAAUAACUUCAGUAAACAAAUCUGUAUCCUUUGCUUGUUCUUAUGUUCUUGUUGCUCAUGUUUACUUUUGGGCUAUGUUACACGGAUACUCCAAGAGGGGUGACGUAUCCGUAUCUGAUACUCGUCGGAUACGCGGAUACGGAUACUUGGAUACAUCAUUUUAGUGGGUUUUCUUUUGAGAAAGUGUAUAUUCCGCGUAUCCGAUACGUAUUGUAUCGGAUACUCGUACCCGUACUCAUGUAACGUAGCUUUUGGGAGAUUCACCCUGAUGUACUUGUUCUUUGUGUUUUUGGUUGUAGGUUUUGCAAGAAAUCAACUCACUACAUGCCUAUCGAAUAAUCCACGUGAUGAGAUUUUGAAAACCUAUUCUUACAAGGGGUGGAUCUGAGAGAGAGAGAGUGCUUAAAUUAGCCGUUUCUCUCAUCUUCGUCUUGCACUGUGGGCCAUGGCAUGGUCAAAGGUCGAAUUUGCCUCAUAGUAGGGACCUAGGCACGGUUGCCGCAGCACAACUGUGCAGCUACUAAGAGCAACUCCAACAGUUUUGCAAAAUUUGUUUGGCAAAUGUUGUUAUUUGCCAACUCCCAAAACGAUAUGGGGGAAGGAAAAAAAGGACAUCUUCAAGUGUUUGACAAUUUUGACUUGGCAAAAACAAAAUUCUACUAGUUCUGAAGCA